UUCAACCGCUCACAGAUGUUCAACACACACGACAGACAUAGAACCAUCGAAGUUUAAAUCUGAUGGUCUCUCUUAACAUCCCAUCUUCAUGUUCAUCUCUUUGAGUCUCAGACUCAAAUUCUCACCUUCUUCUCUUCCCUUUCAUCUAAGACACAUUUCCACUUCCACAUUCACCAAACCCAAUCCACAACACUUCAUUCACAUUUUCACCAAUGCAAGAAACCACCAAAACCACCAUGAUUCCGAACUCGCAUUGGUUUCCGCACUCAAAUCAUGUUCCUCCCUCUCCUUCAUCUCACAAGGUCGCCAAAUCCAUUCGCUCAUCUUCAAACUUGGACUCCAUUUCAACACUUUCAUUCAAAACAGCUUGAUCAACAUGUACGCAAAAUGUGGUGAUAUUAAGAAUGCCCAGUUGUUGUUUGAUGGUUUUGCUACGUUGGAUAGUGUUUCUUGUAAUAUAAUGGUUUCUGGGUAUGUGAGAAAUGGUCAGAUUGAUAAUGCACGUAAACUGUUUGAUGUAAUGCCUAAUAAAGGUUGUGUUUCGUAUACGACUAUGAUAAUGGGUUUUGUUCAAAAUGGAUUCUUUCGUGAAGCGCUUGAGGUUUUUAAGGAUAUGAGAAGUUGUGGUGUUGUGCCGAAUGAUUUGACUUUGGUUAAUGUGAUAUCUGCUUGUUCGCAUUUGGGUGAAGUUUUGAAUUGUCGUAUGGUUCAUGGUUUGGUUGUUAAGAUGUUUGUUGUCGGGUUGGUUAUUGUUUCGACGAAUUUGAUGCAUGCAUAUUGUCUUUGUUCGGGUGUGAGGGAAGCGAGGAGGUUGUUUGAUGAGAUGCCUGAGAGGAAUUUGGUUACGUGGAAUGUGAUGUUGAAUGGAUAUGCGAAGACGGGACUUGUUGACGAGGCUAGAGAGUUGUUUGAUGGGAUUUGUGAUAAAGAUGUGAUUUCUUGGGGGACGAUGAUUGAUGGUUAUAUUCAAAAGGGUCGUUUGCGUGAAGCUUUGGAGAUUUAUCGUGCAAUGCUGCAAACUGGACACGGACCUAAUGAAGUUAUGAUAGUGAAUUUGGUUUCAGCAUGUGGUCGUGGGACUGCAAUUGUUGAUGGUUGGCAAUUGCAUGGAACAGUUGUUAAGAGAGGCUUUGAUUGUUAUAAUUUUAUACAGACUACAAUUAUCUAUUUUUAUGCAGCUUGUGGGAUGAUGGACCUUGCUUGUUUGCAAUUUGAAGUGGGUGUAAAGGAUCACUUAGAAUCAUGGAAUGCUCUUACCGCUGGAUUCAUAAAAAAUGGAAUGAUGGAUCAUGCAUUGAAAACCUUUGAUAAGAUGCAUGUAAGAGAUGUGUUUUCAUGGAGUACCAUGAUUUCUGGCUAUGCACAAUCUGAACAUCCCAAAAUGGCUCUUGAGCUUUUCCAUAAAAUGUUAGCCGGGGGGAUCAAACCAAACGAAGUAACCAUGGUGAGUGUAUUCUCUGCAAUUGCCACAUUAGGUACAUUGCAGGAAGGAAAAUUGGCCCAUGAAUAUAUGCGCAGUGAAUCCAUUCCUUUUAAUGACAAUUUGCGUGCUGCUCUGAUUGAUAUGUAUGCAAAAUGUGGGAGCAUUAACUCUGCCCUUCAAUUUUUCAAUCAGAUUCGAGAUGAAGUCUCUUCUGUGUCACCAUGGAAUGCAAUUAUAUGCGGGUUAGCCUCGCAUGGACAUGCAAGUAUGUGCCUAGAGGUUUUUUCUGAUAUGCAGAGGUUCCAUAUUAAACCAAAUCCAAUUACAUUUAUUGGAGUCCUAAGUGCUUGUUGCCAUGCCGGUUUGGUGGAGUCUGGAAAGAGAAUAUUUAAAACCAUGAAAAGCGCAUAUAAUGUGGAACCAGAUAUCAAACAUUAUGGUUGUAUGAUUGAUAUUUUGGGGAGAGCUGGGCUAUUAGAAGAAGCCGAGGAGAUGAUAAGGAGCAUGCCAAUGGAGGCCGAUAUUGUGAUAUGGGGAACUUUAUUAGCAGCAUGUAGAACUCAUGGAAAUGUUAACAUAGGAGAGAGGGCUGCAGAGAAUUUGGCGAGAUUGGCGCCUUCUCAUGGUGGAGGCAAAGUUCUCCUAUCAAACAUAUAUGCAAACGCGGGCAAGUGGGAGGAGGUAUCAUUUGUAAGAAGUGUCAUGCAAGGUCAGACAAUGGAUAGAGAACCUGGCUACAGUGGUUUUGUCGCCGGUAGUUAAAGGGGUUUCAAUGUACUUACAUUUUUUUAACUUUAAUUAAGGAUGAAGAUGCUGAUCUUCUAGCAUGAAAAGUUUUUAGAUAUCAUCAUACAAUCAGGUUUCAUACACUAUCUAGAAGUACUCGAUAGGCCUUAAAGUGAUAUAUUCUAGAACCUAGAAAGUGCAAAUAAGGCAAUACGCGUUUUUCUUCCUUGUCUCCUGUAAUUGCUUUAGCUUCUAAUAUCUUCAUGAUUCUAGCUGUUAUAUAGUUUAGCAUAGAUGCUUUUGUUUUUCUAUUUUCUUCCUCCUUUAGAUCUUCAUCCCACAAGCAGCUAUUAACUAAUACUAUGUGUUGGUGAAUGGUGAGUUAAAGCUGUUUGUUUUGACUUCUGAGAUUAAGUUCUAAGUGAAGCUAAAAUUUCUGAUUUUUUCCUUAGAA